UUUCGUCACACAAAAGCCACUGACCACCCAGAAUCUAUCCCUCCACAAUCAACCCAGGUCAAGCCCCGUCCCACUGAUGAAUGAAUCUCAAGCAUUUCCAAGCCAUGCACAUCACACCGCAUGUGUUAUCCGUCCGUACUACGGAUACAGGCAGAAUAUUGGGUUGGUUUUUCUAGAUUUAGGUACUCGGGUGGAAUUGGUGCUACGCGGUUGUCUAAACUUAGUAGGUGGGUUGACUAGGUAGGUAGAGUGAUGGUAUGACCCCACACGGCUGGAACAGGUGAGACACAUGGCCAAUUAGGUGGGAAGUCGAGCAGGACUGCGCUUGGUUGAGUAGGUAGAUACCGUGGACGGAGAUGAAAGCUAGGGAGCUUUCUCCGUGGAUUCGGGCUGUCUUUGCUGGUUUUGGAUGGGUUGGCUGUAUCUGGGUAUCUACCUACCUACCUACUAUAGAUGUUUACCUUGGCAGUAAGAUAGGUAGAUAUCAACAAUCUCAACUUCCCUUCUAUCCCUGGAGAGAAGACAAGAUAAGGAACGAGAAAUAAGAAAAGGAAAGAAAAAAGGAAUCCUCAUCCAGCUGUAGAACAAACGGACGAACCCUCCACCUACCUCACCUCCAGCUGAGGUCUACUUAUUGACUCGACAUGAGAUGUCUCACGUCGGGAUCCCGCUGAUUGGUUGUUAUUCUCCCUCAGGUGAGUCUUCGGGGUUGUAUUUCAGGGGGACUCAGGUGUUCACGGGGUCAAUAAAUGUUUUGAUGAUCGAAUGAUGAUGAUGGGUGUGGUGAGGAAAGAAUUGAUGGGCAGCAUGGCAAUCAAGAGGGGCUUGGUUAUACGGGUAGAAUUCCGGGAUACACUUUAGUAUCUGUCUGUCUGUCUGUCUACCUUGGAUGACGGAGUGAUGGGUCAGGGAUACCUACCUGGUAGGUACCUGGUAGUACCUAGGAGAAGGAUGAUGAGGAAGAUGAUAUUGAACUAUUUGCUAUUAUUUAGAAGGUGUGAUAGGUCGGGUUGAUAUGAUAUGAUAUGAUAUGAUAUGAUAUAUGAUAUGGAUGGAUCUUAACCUGUU